AUGCCGGCCCUCGCGACCGCGGUCGUCGCGCUCGCGCCCCGCGCCCCGCGCGGCUCGCGUCCUCCGCGGACGACGAAGACGAUCACCUCGCGCGACGGCGUGCGGUGCGAGGUGUCGCAACUGGCGGAACCCCCCGCGCAGUUGAGAUUCUCCAUGGACGCCGACGCAGCGCGCGCCGUGAUCGAGCCCGCCUUCGACGAGGACGCCCGCCAGCGGUGCAUGUCCGGCGACUUCACCCCGGCGCUGAGCGCGGAGGACAUCGCCGCCGCGAGGGCCAUGUCCCCGGGCCAAACCGAGUUUGCGCUCACGUACGGCGAGCUCACGUACGAGGGAUGCACGCGACUCGGCGAGAUUCUCGCGAUGGGCCCCGACGACGUGUUCUACGAUCUGGGCAGCGGCCUGGGCCGCGCGACGAUCCAGGCGCACCUCCAGUGGGGGGUCAAGCGCGCGGUCGGCGUGGAGCUGAGCGCCGAGCGCAGCGCGCAGGCUCGGCGCGCCGUGGAGCGCCUCGAACAGAACGGACAGCUGGACCAUUCGCGAAGAUUGGACCUCGUGUGCGCGAACCUGCUGGAGGGUUCGUAUCGAGAGGCGACAGCCGUGUACCUGUGCUGCUGCUGCUGGGACUCGACGUUCGUCGCCCAGGCGCUCGAGGUGCUCGAGAAACGCGCGGUGAACUUGCGCCAAAUCGUCACCAUCGAGCCCCUCGACCGCAAGUUCGGGCUGCGACCGGCGUGGCUGACGUUGAAGCAAGAGACGAGAGUCGGACAGACGUGGGCGCCGGAGGGGUACCCGUGCUACGUGUACGAGGUGACGCGAUGA